AUGCGAAAUGCGGUCUUUUUCCAAGACGACGAAUCGGUAGCAGCCGCCGUUCGCAUGUUGUGGGUGAACCGAGAUGGCCAGCAGGAUAGGUUCAUCAAGCACUCUAUUUCUUUGCGUUUCUUGCAACCGUCGCUGCCAACUGUCAUCGCGUAUCCCGCAUGCAAUGCUCAGCAUUCUUCCUCCCCCAAUCAUGAGAUUAUCUUUCAACCUCCCUUUCCAUAUCUCGCCAUUUCCUCCUCCCCCCCGCCGCUCCGGCUGUUGGGAGACUUUCUGAUGGCCUUUGCCAAGAAGUUCCACUUGGUGAUGCUCAGACUCGGAUUGUGUAUAUUCCCGGUGAAUCGGAAGGGCGUUGCAAGGGAAGAACAAGACGCGAAAUCAUCUCUAAAAAAGCGCCGGACCGAAAAAGUCUUUGACGUACUCUAUCCGUAG